AUAACAUAAUCUGUAUUCUUUCUACUGUCCCCAUACUGCCUAAUACGGCACUUAGAGCACAAACUUGGUGUUUUUCACAUCUUAGUCAAUUUCGACACACGACGGCGAUUUUGGACUUUAGGUACUCAGCACGGAUUGGUGACAUACGCGUAAAAAGUAGUUCCGUCACAAAACAGAACUACACUGGCUAAGCUUCAUUAUUUGGCUCAGAAAAUACAAAACAUGUGAAAAACGCAGAAUAUAAGUGCUAACUUUUGCAAGUUUAGCCCUAGAAAGUUAUGUAAAUAGUGAGUGCGAGCGGAAUGGGUCUUUUAGUGUAUCCCUCCGCUACAGACUAUUCAGAUGUGGAGAGUCGCCCGGCGGAUGUGGCACGCUCUAACAAAGUUGAAAAUUUUAUUGUCUCUUCGGCUAUUUCCGGACAUUUUUCUCGGACAGAAAAGGCCGACAUUCGCGUUGUACCGUCAAGUGGGGCCACCAUGGUCGGUAGAAACGUUGAUAUAUUGAGUCCGCGGACACGGGGGGAUGCCCCGUCGGGGGCCAGCAAUGGGCACGUAUCGGACGACAGUAGCAGCGACGAGGAGCACGAGGCUGGCAUGCGGGUCGGACAAGAUUACCAAGCAUCAAUUCCCGAAUGGAACCCAGAGUCCAUGAAGGAAGACCCAGCACAGCUCAGACACGAUGCACUGUUGGUAUGGGCCCCAUGCAUGGACAUCAAUGAUACUAAAUUGGAUGAAUACAUCAAUAUUGCCAAGGAAAAACAUGGAUACAAUACAGAACAGGCCCUGGGUAUGCUGUUUUGGCACAAGCACAACAUCGAAAAGUCUCUGGCAGACCUGCCCAACUUCACCCCAUUUCCAGAUGAAUGGACUGUAGAAGACAAAGUAUUGUUUGAACAAGCCUUCAGCUUCCACGGAAAAAGUUUCAUCCGUAUACAACAGAUGCUUCCAGACAAGUCCAUUGCCAGUCUAGUGAAAUAUUACUACUCCUGGAAGAAGACUCGGACGAGAACCAGUCUGAUGGACCGACAGGCACGCAAACUGGCAACUCAGAAGGACCAGAGCGACAGCGAGAGUGAAUCCUCCUCCUCAGAUAUGGAUAAUGACAGCGACAGUGACUUUGACCCCGAAAAAGAGUCAGUGGUGUUUAGGUCAAGUUCAGUAAACAAUGGGAAGGAGAGUGGUGCAUGUGCCAACUGCCAGACCACCAGCUCCCACCUCCACUCCACCCCUAAAGGCUCUGUCUGUAACUCGUGUUACCAGUACUGGAGGUAUGGAGGCUUUCUUCCAUCCAGAACUCAAGUGGUUCAGAGAACACCCAAUUACGGAAUGAGAACAGGAGUGAUGCGUGCAGGAGGGCCGAUGAAGAGCGAGAUGUCCAUGAAGACGAGUCGCCACAUGCCCCUGCGUGGGCGCAGGAAGGCCCCGCGGGGUAUGUACAUGAACCAGGAGGACCUUCUGGCCAUCUCAGCCUCGCCCACGGCCGCAGAGGCACUUCUCAGACAGCUGGACACUGAACUGGUCUCCUCCAAGAGACAGGUCCAACAGAAUAAACAACAGCUCAGCAUGUCCAGCCAGCUGAAAUUUACAACAGGUAGCAUCGAUGAGUUCCGCCCACCAGAGAGCAAUCAACGAAUCAAGGCUCAGUGGACAAACCAGGAGCUAUUACUAGCUGUUCAAGGAGUGCGGAAGUACGGGAAGGACUUCCAGGCCAUUGCAGAGGUCGUGGGCAAUAAGACUGUCAGCCAGUGCAAGAACUUCUUUGUGAACUAUCGGAGACGUUUCAACCUGCAGCAGGUGUAUGACGAGUGGGAGGCUGAGCAGGGUGAGGAUGUGGUGAGGAGACAGAAUCGGGACAACUCCAGAUCUUCCUCUCCUGCCAGCAGGGACAGCAAGGAUAGCAGCAAGGAGGACGAGGAUAGCAGAGAUGACGACGUCCAGAUCACAGCUGUGUCCAGCCCCAGUGUAGCACCCACCAUCCAGGCGGCAUCUGCUGCUGCGGCCGCACCCAACGUGGCCAGCGUUCCCCCGCCUCUCAUGAGGCCGCGACAGCCCACCCCCACGGCUGCACCUGUGCACAGACCGCCGCCCCCGCUCCAACAGCAGGCCAGGUUUGUACCCAGCGGGGCACGCCCCAUCCUCCAGCAGCCGCCACCUCUCAUCCGCCCGUCACAGCCCGCCGCCAUGGCGCGGAGCCGGCCUCCUGUGGUGACGGCCCCACCACAGCUGGUAGGGGGGCAGCCGCAUUCAACCCAGUAACAUCCACCUCCACAUAUGUACAAGUAGUCAUGCUUCUUUCAGGUAUUUACUGCAUGAAACCACUGCCUAUAUCAGAGCAUGUAAAAGUCUGGUCCUUGAAUGUUGUAAGAUCAAUAGACCCCUUUGAACCACACGAACUGCCUUCGUCAUAGGGGGAUUUUACUCAUCACGCUCAUCCGUAAAUAAAGAACACGUUCGAAAAACCGAACGCAGAAGACAAUGAUACUUUAAGCUUUUGUGGACACCCACCAAAAUGGACCUGGCAUAUUGCAAGUAUACACUUCUGCUGGCCAGCCUGGUGCCUGCACACAUGCAGUCAAACUUCGCCAUAUAGUGUAUGUGGCUAUUCCCCUUCCCUACUUGGCCUUUAUUGUACUGUGUAAAUGUCAUAUAGGUUUAAAUUUGUGAGUAAAAUUUCCCCGUGAUGAAAGCAGUCCUUGUGGUUCAAGGGGUCUAUUUAUCAUGCUAGCCUGGUCACUGUCAAUGAUAGCAUUGAAAUCUGUAUGGAAGGCUGUCUUUGGGCAUGGUGGACUUGCUAGGGUUAUUUAUCAGGUUCCUUUAGUGUGUGAUGGCAAUUUUAACAUGUAAGCCAUUCCAUCACCAAAGGCUUUAUUUAUUUACCUAUGAUUAUGAAUAUGAUGUAAGACAUUUAACUAAGACUACUCUGUGUGUGUACAUUUGUACAACCAACAUAAGGUGUGAAAAUAUGUUAUCAAAAGUAAACUUUGGUAGAGAUUAUCUAUUGUCAUUGAAGUUAAAAAAAUGGAAUCUCAACUUUAUGUUCUAGUGGAUUUAGUUUGUUGUCCAUAUUGUUACCAGCAGAGAGGAAACUGUGGUAUGUCUUGUUCAUGUCAUUUCUACAUUACAUCGUAUUACAGCAUUUCGAGACUGGUUAAAGGUAACCACAUGCUUGGGAGAAUUGGAUUUGCGCUUGUGGUAGCAAAUUUGAAUGUACAGUUCAGAUCAAACUUAUGUAAUGAUUAGAGCUUGGUCUUUGCUCCUUUUUUUGUGAACACUACAAAUUUUUAAAACAAUAGUACAUGUACAUUUUUGUAUGUGUAGGAUCUUCAACAUGUAAAAGCACUGGUCAACAUCUAACAUUGCUGUUGUAUUGUAUUGUACAGUUAUGUGGACAAUUUGGUUGACAUGUUAUCUGUUUUAGGUUGUAUUAUUGCAAAUGAAUAUUAUGUACCCAAUGUGUUGUGUUUGUUCCUUUGAGUUAGCUUUGGUGAUAGGUUUGUAUUCCAGUAGAGAUGAAAGAAUAAACCCUUAGUGCAGAAUUGUUUUCCAUUGAGGCUAGGCAAUACUUGUGAUGUAAAAUCCCCUUUAACGGCCAUUCAGAAUAGAUCAAGUUUUUAGUAUGCAACCAUAGAAAAAUUUCAAUUGAUUUUCCUUGAAGUAUAACAGCUGAACAGUUGAAUAGGCUAGCCAUUAUGUCUAUCCAUGUAAACUGUUCAUAUUCACUAUAUCUGUGAUAAAUGCUGUUUUCUGUGCUGUUACCUCCUACAUUGUAGGUUUUAUGUUUUGUACAUUUUGAUUCGAAUGGACAAUGUUGAAUAUUUCCUGCCAUUUCAAUUAAAGUUACACAAUCAUUA